AUGGAACGGAACAGUACACGCCAAAACAACGCGCUUAUUCAGUUGUACAUUCAAAAUAACUUCUCGAACGUAAAAACUAUAUGUGCGUUUCCCAAAACAAAUAUAGUUAAAAGUGCUCCAGCUGAUAACACUAUCAGACAUUUAUACGCAAAAUUUGUGAACGCCAGUAGUCCUCGUAAUGUCAGUCACUAUCCCGACGAACAAGACGUUCCGAUGAAAAUAUCGAAGCCGUACGAGCCAGUGUUGAAGAGACUCCAUCAACAUCCGGUCGUCAGCGUUCUCAAGAGUUAG